UCGGUUGUUUACAUACGAAAAAGUCGCCACUAAUUAAAAGACUUAGCUAUGGGUGAAGAAACGGAAACCAUUGAAAAAGUCAUGACAAUGGAGGACAUUCUCAGUAACACUUCUGUUGAGACUAACACAGGUGCCUCAAAUACAAAACAGUUAAGGUCUAAGAAAGAGAAGUCACUGGAAGAACAGAUUCCAAAGGGCAAACCUAAAUCUGGCAGAAUAUGGAAGAACCAGAAACAACGAUUUUCUUCUAUUGUUAAGACUCGUGGUACACGCCUGUCUUUUGAGAAGAAACAGAAGUUGAGAGAUGAUUUGAAACGGGUAAAAGAAAUGUCCAGAGCGAUUAAAGCACAGAAAGAAGCAGAAAAGGAAGCUAAAAAGCAAAGGAGAAUUGUAAACCUGAAACGUGCUGAAGAAAACCGCAAGAAGAGCGAAGUUGUCCAAGUGAUCACAAAUACUGCGAAACUGAAGAAGAUAAAGAAGAAACACCUUAGAACAAUAGAAAAGAGGGAUACUCUCAAGUUAUAAAAAUGUUUAUUAAGUAAGGCCUUAUUGUAAUUUAUUAUACAGGGCGAUUCUCCCGCCGCGCAAACCGAAGGCCGGGCCACUCUAAAGAAUCACCGUUUCGGCGCACUUGCAUGCGUGAUCCCCAUGUCAUUGACAGUGAGGAUCGGUUGACAAAUUACACGUACGCGGCGGUUCUUUAGGACAGCACAUCCUUUGGUUUACGCAGCGGGAGAAUCAACCCUGUAUACGACUAAUUCCACAGAUUGUAAAAUAUUGUAAUAAAAAAAUUGUUAAUAAUACUUUUA